GAGGAAUGGAGAAGGCCUGAGGAUCUUCUGGGACGAACACCAAGAAUCCAAUUUCCUCUCCCGCUGGAACCCAUGGUCCACCGAUAUGCCCUACACCACCUUCAUGGAACACCCGAUCAAAAAUAGCUGCCUGAGACUUAGCCCCAUCUGUCAGGUUUCUGCCUUCAAGGCUCAGCUGGUUCACGCCGUGCAAAAUGCCCAAGAAACAGCCCCUGCACCAGGCCGGACUCCCGGCUUGGCUUUGGUGAGCGAGCCCAUCUGCAUUCAGACCUACACCGGGAUGGUGGCCUUUUUCGGAAACCAAAAUAAACUGGGAUAUUGUCUCGCUCGAGGCAGCAUCGGCUUCUGAUCUGAACAUUUCCCUCCAUUUCUUUCUUUCUUUCUUUCUUUCU